AUGGGUGAUUACUCUAAAGCAGUAGAAUUCUACAAAAAAACAAUUAAAAUAAAAGAAAAAGCUUUAUCUCCUGAUGACCCGGAUUUGGCUCUGUCCUACAACAACAUCGCUUUGGUGUAUGAUGACAUGGGUGACUACUCGAAAGCACUUGAAUUUUACGAAAAAUCACAUAAAAUCCUCGAAAAAGCUCUGCCUUCGAAUCAUCCCAAUUUGGCUACUUCCUACAACAACAUCGGUCAAGUGUAUAACAACAUGGGUGACUACUCGAAAGCACUUGAAUUUUAUGAAAAAGCACAUAAAAUAAAAGAAAAAGCUCUGCCUCCGAAUCAUUCCUCAUUGGCUAUUUCAAAGCAUGAUAUUGGUCUUACAUAUGAAAACAUGGGAGAAUACUCGAAGGCCAGCCAGUUUUAUCAACAUGCUGUUGAUAUCGCACAAAUUUCAUUACCCUCAAAUCAUCCACACUUACAAUUGUAUAGAAAACGCCUUCAGGACGUAAAAAGGAAAAUGUAA